GCCCGGCGGGGCGCGGAGGGGAGCUGUCAGGCUGCGGAGGGAGGGGUUUUCCGCUGCCGGCCCAGGGCCCUGAGAGCGCGCGCCGCCGCCGCCGCCGCUGGCCCCCCUUCCCUCCCGCAUGGGGGGUGCCUGAGACCCCGAGCCCGUCUUCCCCCUCCCCGUAGGGCGGGUGAGUGCCAAGAGGCGAGGGGGCGGGUGAUUGACAGCAGCCCCCCCAAUGGGGAUGCAGGGCGGGGGGGGAGCUUGGAAGGGCAGCGGAGGGCGAGAGGGCAGGGCGCGGCGGGGGGGGGGGGGCUUCCCUUCUGCAAGGGCCGCCGGGUCGGCGCUGGGUCCGCGGCCCCUGGAGGCGCGCAGCCAUUGUGGGGUUGCGCCAGGGUGGGGCACCUGCUUAGCAAAAGCGGUGCAUAAACAUGGCAAGGUGGCUGCUUCUGCGCGCGCAGCCGGGGUAGGGCUCCGGGAGGGCAGAUGCCUGCCUGCCUGCCUGCGGGAGGACGAGGGCAGAAAGAGGGCUGGCAGCUGCGCGAGGCGUGUUGCAAUACCGACCGAGGGAGCCCGGGACUGGCUCCACCCAUCCCCGCCGCCGCCUCUUUCCUCCCGGGCAGCCUCUUCCCCUCAAGCCCCAGCCUUCUGCCUCGUCCCGGGUUUCCCACGUGCGUGGUUAGUGCCCGCAUCCCCCCUCUUCCUUGGCCAGCGUCCGCGAUCCCUUCCUGCUUCUUCCCCCAGGUGGGCCGCAUCUGACGGAGGAAUCUUGACUUUUGCUUGCAUGGAGCGAUUGGGUGGGUUGGGUUGCGUUCCACAGAACUGGGGUUGCUUGGCAGUGAGGCCAGCAAAUGCACCCCUAUAAUAUUGCGCGCGGGCGGGCGGGGUGUGUGUGUGGAGUUGUAGCAAGGAGUAGAAAUCUCAGGAUGUAGGCCUCUAGCCGGACGCACCUUCCCUGGUGGACCGCAGAAAUGGCAAAGAGAGUCCAAAGUUUGAACUGAACCUGCUACUUCUCGAACUUCUGUUGAAACGAGCAACAGUCGUUGUGGGGAUGGGCAGGGAUCCUGCAUGGUUGGUGUGGAUCAGAUGUACUGAUUCAGCCUGCCUAAGAACAUAGGAAGCUGGCUUCUGUUUUGUCUGGUUUACAGCUAUCAGCAUUGACUGGCAGCAGCUCUCAAAGGCUUCAGACAGGGUUCUACCUGGAGAUGCCAGUGAUUGAACCCAGGACCCUUUGCAUGCAAGGCAAAUGCUGUAUCAUUAAGUUGCAGGAAGUACUGGGGCAGGCAGGCAGGCAGGCAGGCAGCAAGCGAAGCUGUGUUCUAUCAAGUGACCAGAGUCUCAGCUCUCAAUUCCACCAGACACCACCCAUAAUCCAGGACCCUUGAGAAGGCUUUACUGCAACCCUUUAGUUCCCACAUCCUGCUGUAGUAACCAGGUUACAUGUAACUGAAACAAAUGCAUAUGCCUCCCUACUUCCAUAUCCUCUCCUUUCUCAGGUUUUAUUUUGUAAGCUCUUUGAGACAGAGACACUUUGCUAAAAGUCUUGUGUGCUUAGUUGAUGCUGUAUAAAUGAACAAUAAAAACCUGCGAAGUUGAAUCCUCUGAUCCACCAUAUAUUUUUUGAGCUGUGUAGCUCCUCUUCCAGUUCCUUUGUGGCCCCGUCCAGGGUUGUUGUUGUUGAUUUUUUGGUUGCAGGGUGAUGGUGGUGGUGGUAAAAGCUGGCAGCCAUAAGCAUGCCUGACACUUGAAGUCCUACUGUCUGCGAUUUCUCUAGCAGCUGUAUGAGGAGUCAAUUAACACCAAUCCCAGCUUCAUGAUAAAGUGACCUGACAUUCAUCUACCUAGAAAAAGCAAGAAUUCUAGUUAGAUUGACCAAUUCAGAGUGCUGCUUUUGGGGAAAGUGUUGAAAGGAUUUCCUGCAAAUAGAAUGGACGUAGCAAUCUGGCUAGGAGCAAAUAUCUAGGAAGAUGUGGCCAAAACUCAUGCAAAUUCUUGGUAGCACAGAGGGGAACUGACACUGUGUCUUCUGCUAGAGAUUGAUUCUACUUUCUUUUUCUUUGUGCAGCUUGCUCUGGAACCCAGCAGAGAUGACAGAAUACAAACUGGUGGUGGUGGGUGCUGGUGGUGUUGGGAAGAGUGCAUUGACUAUACAGUUGAUUCAGAAUCACUUUGUGGACGAGUAUGAUCCCACUAUAGAGGUAUGUGAACUUUAUAAUAUUGGCAGCAACUUCUGCAUGGCCCCAUUUGUAUGCCUUUUCCGAGUCCUUAUAUUCCUGACCUGCCUGCCAUCUCCAAAGCUAUGGACUAUAACAUCUCUUUUCUGGGCUUCUAAAACACUAGUCCUCUUUCCAUCACUUUGUCUCCCUCUGUAGCUCUCCAUUCUUUGUAGAGGCAUCUACAAUCUUUUUAUCAUGUCCAAGAUUGGGUCCAUUUCUUUCCUGAAUUUUGGCUUGAACCAAUUGUUUCCAACUGCCUCCUUGCUGGCUUUCUGUUGCUGUGCUUUACACCCAUGUUUCCCAUGUCACUUGUUAACAUUUUUUCUUUCACUCUUGCUCCUCUUGGUGCUUCUGAACCCCAGGAUUCAUACCGGAAGCAAGUGGUAAUCGAUGGAGAGACGUGUCUCUUGGAUAUCUUGGACACAGCUGGGCAAGAGGAGUACAGUGCUAUGCGUGACCAGUACAUGAGGACAGGAGAAGGCUUCCUCUGUGUCUUUGCAAUCAACAACACAAAGUCUUUCGAAGAUGUUCACCACUACAGGUGUGUGGGCAGCUGGCUUCUCUCUGUCCUCCAUCUGUUUUCCUCCCUGUAUAGCAGGGGUGGAGAACUGUUUUGGCCUAGUCCCCAUCUCCCCCUACCCCUGCAAAUCACCUUUGUCAGGUGGGUGGGACACCCCAUCCAUCAGCACCUGACAUCUCUCGCAGCACAUGCCAAUUGCCUGAGAACCAGCUGGAGUUUGGGUGCUUCAGAAACUUUGCAAGCCCUAAGCUUAUUGUUUUGGAGGUGCCAGGCACAGACCUUGCAGAGGGCUUUGUGCUGUGAUUCCCAAGUACCUGACAACUAGCUGGGAAGCACUACGCAAUGGAGCUUUGCAGGCACUGUCAAUUGGCAGGGCCUGCAAAGCCCCUUUUUGGCUCGCCCCCCAUCACAUUGGGCAGGCGGGCAAGACUUGCAGCAGAAGGUGGAAGAAUCUGAAGUAGGUAAGAAGAGGAGUCGGAGGCUGCAUUGUGCAAAGAUCUUUGUCACCAUGUGGCAGGAAUGAUAUGCUUGGAGGAAUCCCAGACUGCAUUUUCCUGAGCUAAGUACCUGAAUAUGCUCUAUACUCUGCAACACUGGAAAGUACCUUUUCAGCAUCAAGCCCUAAGUGUGCUGCUUGUGUUGUCAUCUAGGCAAAUGUAGAAGCAGUGGUAUCAUCACUGAUGCUUCUGCCCUUGAAUCUAACAAAUCUGUAGCAGCGUGAAUUGGAUGUCAACAAAAUUAUGUUGCUCUUGCUCUAUACUUUCUCCCACUCCCAGUCCUUUGAGGCCUAGUGAGAGCAGAAACAGAUCCACCAAGUAUGCCAACAAGGGGAAAGCCACAAAGACAGUAUUGAAUCCUUCCUCAUGCUCUUGCAUUUGAAAGUUGUACUCAGUGUACAACUCAGGGCUUGCUUGUCCUCAGUGUACAGGAACUGUAAUGAUCUGCUGUAGUCGUACAUAAAAGUCUCCCUGUUACACAAUUUUAGAAAUUAUUUUGGGGGAGGUAAAUAUAUGAACAUCUGAGUAUUAAAUAUUCUGUUCCUUAGUCUAAAAGAAAAUAUUUUGAAGUUUUGGUUUUUUUUAAAGCAAAACAAACUUCAGAAAAACCAGCAAACACCAAUGUGUUCUUUUAAUUUUUCUGGGUUUUUGCCAGGCCUUCACAUCUCUAGACUUCUCUUUCAAAAAAAGUAUGAAUGCAUACUUCAGCAGCAAACCACUCCUAAGUAUGUGUAUGGAUGUGCUGUAUCUAAUUUUUAAGUGUAGAAUGGCUGUCUCUUAAGGGCAAACUACCCUGACACAUGUAUUACUUCAUUUGUGUGUGUGUGUGUUUUUUAAAAAAAGCCAACCAACCAAAGCAAAACAAGUCAGUGACUUUAGGUCAGGUAAUGGCAGGUGCAGUUGAGUCCUUUUUUGUACUAUUCUCUUCCUUGGAAUAGCUUUUGUUGACUGCUUUUCUCCCCCACCGGAAGAAAGCAGCUAGUUGUGACAUUUAAAGCAGCAAAAGGGAAAGGGAUUAAGCUACCCCACCAUACCAUAUCUCUACUCAAACUUGGGAACUUUCUAAGCCUUUUUUGGGUUAGAUAAAAAAAAAUGGGAGAGUGUUCUUGUGCUCAGGCCCCGCUUGGGUGCUUCCCAUGGGCAUCUGGCUGGCCAAUGUGAGAACAGGAUGCUGGACUAGAUAGGCCAUUGGCCUGAUCUAACGGGGCUUUUCUUAUGUUCUCAUGCAUACAUCUGUAUGUCACAUCUAAUUUGGACCUCAGUUGUUUUGCACACAGAUAAAACACAGGACAAACUGAACUUCUGGUGUAUACUUCAUUAACACCAAUAAUCUCAAAUAUAUUUUACUUUGGAGGGGGCCCAAACCAGAAUCAAGUUUGGGAGCUGCUGAUCUAGGCGGUUGUUCCCUGUUUGUGACUCGUUGCCUUUGUAAUUCCAGGGAGCAGAUCAACCGUGUGAAGGACUCCGAUGAUGUUCCGAUGGUGCUUGUUGGCAAUAAAUGUGAUCUGCCCUCCCGGACGGUGGAUACGAAACAAGCCCAGGAGCUUGCCAGAAGCUACGGAAUCCCCUUUGUAGAGACCUCUGCCAAAACCAGACAGGUAUGGUAUUUACUGUGGGAGAAAGUGAAAGGUCUUUGAUCUUCGUAGCUAUAGCUCAAGACAGUGUUUCAAGCGGGUUUCGGAAUAAAUUGCAGCUGAAUCUUGCCCAAGUUUAUCUGCUGCAUCAAUGCGCCCUCUCCCCCAAGUCAAGCGUUUCCAGCCUAAAUCUUCUGUUCAUCAGCAUGUAGACAAAAAGCAAAUAGUUUUGCUUUAUGUUGGCUGUGUGCUCAAAAUGCCAAACAACGGGAUUCACGCUAUAAGCCAGCACAGUUGCUCUUCUCCUAUAUGACUUGGAGUAGGAAUGGCAUUGGUACAAGGUAACCAUUCUUAUUUGUGAACUGCCAUGUCAUUAAUGCCUGCUGUCUUAGUUCGUGCUGCGUCAGCUUAAUGAUAAGACGGUUAUCAGCAUGGCAUCAUUCUACUGCUGGUGUCCAGUUGCCAAAAAACCUUUCUCAGUGAAGGCAGAUGUGAAUGAAUGGUUUACUGAUAUGAAGGAAAGGGCUUAUCGGGAGAGAAAGGAUCCCGUAAACAGGAAUAGCGUGACGACCUCCCCGCUCCCAAGUAAUAUUAUUUCUGCCUACUAGCAAUGGAUAGAAAAAACAUCACCGGCAUAAAAAUCCAAUACCCCCGACACCUCUAAUAUUUAAAUGGGAAAUCUAACGAUGUCUUCUGUUUGUGUCUUUUCUUACUUUCAUUUGGUAUACUCAUUCGUCUUAAAAAGGGAGUGGAGGAUGCUUUCUACACCCUGGUGCGAGAAAUCCGAAAACACAAGGAAAAGAUCAGCAAUGGGCGCAAGAAGAAAUCUUCCAAAAGGAAGUGUAUUAUCCUCUGAAGAAGAGAGACUCUGUUGCACAGUUGGGAGUGCAAACCCCCCCUUUUUGAGUCUGGGUAUUUUCCCAAGCUGCAAGAUAAAUUCUGAUGGCCAUGCCCCUCACCCAUUUUCAGCUGGAGGGUGAAGGUGGUUUUGAGUUCUUACUGUCAAUUAUUUUACUAUUUUUUAAAACUGGGACGUUGCAUCCAGUAUGAGGAUUUGUAACCACAUUUGAUGUUCUGUUGCUUCUUGCCCCUUCAUUAUUAUUUUUUUUAAAGAUCAUCUUGUUUCUGGUCCUUAGGAUUAUAGAGGUCACUCCUAAGUGUGACCUGGUGUAGACUGAUCCUGCAGGUUAGAUGGAAGGGAUAGCACGAAGUCAGUGUCUCAGUCAGAACCUUAGGGGCCUUUCUUGUUUUUUGUAGCAUUUUACCUCCCUUGGUUCUCCAUGAGACUGAAGAGGAAGCCGCAUAGACUUGGCACCAUUGUCUUUUUGCUAGCAGAGGAAUAAAGGUAACCUUGGACAGAAGGUGAUCUGCUGAAGGUGGCAAUGAGGAAUGCCAAAAGAGAAAAUGUGGAAAGCCAAACCCUCUCCGUAGCUGAAUAUUUCACCCCACUAUUAAAAUAGAUGGUGCUGUUAUUUUUCUCCUGGGUGGGUGAAAUUCUGUAUUAAGUUGGGUCUCUCUCUCUCUGGUUUUCAUUUGGGCUGUUAUAACUUCUGAGCAACAGCUCCCACUUUAAAAUGAAUGGGGAAAUGUACUUUUGCUCAGCAAGUUUUAUAAAAAAUGUGUGGUAAUGGGGAGAUAUCAACAAGUUAUGAGAGGUAAUUUUAAAUGGCUGUACAGCUUCCACCAUCCAAAGGCAGUGGCACCUGUUGUUUGUGAAAAAACAACUGUUGGAGAUAGCUGAAUAUUUGCACCAUAGAAGUGUCCUAAAUUAACCUGCCUCUGUUGCUCUCCUUUACUAAUUGGUUCUUGGGAGUAUAGCGAUGUUGACUCUCUUUAUAAACAGAAGGGAGGAAUAUGAUCCAAAGGUCUCUUAAUCAUCCCUCUUUUUUUAGUCUCCUGCAUAGUCCUGGGGUUGCUUGGAUGGGUUGAGAUAUAGGUACUUAAAUGCUGGCAUGGAGAGAAAAGAGUCUGAAUUUAUUAUCCUGUUAGUGUUUAUAAGCCAUCGGAAUUACGUUCUGUCAUUAUUUGAUCUUAUUCUCUUCCCCCCCAUCCCACCCCAAAAUCCCACCCUUGGAAUCCUGUGUUGAUUUGGUCUUUUUCCAUGGUCCUGAGGAUCUGUACAAUAAAUGCCACCACUUGGAAUAAACCUGUGAAUAAGCUACCUGAUCUACAAGACCUGACUUUUUCUAAAGGGUAUGUGUGGUAGAUUUAUGGUAGUUUUCUGGUUAUCUUUCCUGGAACAGAUUGUUUUGGGAAACUGCAAAACAUGUGGAGGCUUUCAAGGAAAUUGUAAUUGUCUGUUCACAAUGGUGCUAGAAUCAGCAAAGCCUUCUAUCAGAAUAUGGUACCUUUCAGCCAGGAGUUGCCUUUGUUUAGCUCAACUCCCUAUUUUGUGGAUGUUCUCCCCCUCCCCCACCCUCAUGUGCUUCUCAAGAACAUGUACCUAUUUGGGUUGCAUCUAUCUAGUUCUGUUCUUAUUGUUUCCAUCCAACUUUUUUGAACAUGAUUUUUUCAACAGAAAUCCUGCAGAUGUGGUAACUCUUCAAGAAGUGUGAUAGGCAUGCUUGUUGAAACAGCCCACUGGGACCUCAGGUUGUGUUUUCAUAACCAGCUCCUAAUUUAUUUUACAAGUUAUCCGCUAUUCAGUUAUUGUUCUGUUCUCUAUGUUUUUUCCCCCUUUUGACUUAAUAUGAGUAUCACUGGAAACAUAUGACAAAAGAAAACCAGACUGUUAUCUCUGUUUCUGGCCUUCUAGGUACUCCAGUACCUAUUUCAGGGAUAGUUGGGGUAGGGGCACAGCUUUUCAAGCAAAAAUAUUUUUGUAGUGUAGAUGAAAGUGUUCCUUGCUUAAUUUUUUUUUUAACUGAUGGAUGCUGCCUCUGAAAGGAAUUUACUGAGUUUGGAUGGAUUCCCCCCCCCCCCCGGUGGUCUUAACCAUACUGGAACCCCUUUUAUAAUAUGUUUUGCUACUGUUCUUCUCUCUGUGAUGGAAGGGGAUGGAGAGAGGCUUUAGAUAAGAAGCCUCCAAGGUCCAUAAUUUCUGGACUUUCUUGCCAACUCCUGCAAAAGUAGCCAGGGGUGAAGCCUGGGUGUGUGUAUCAGUCAAGCACCUCCCUGCUGAUUGUCCCUUCCCUAUCUGGCAAAUGCAAAUUUGGGGAAUCAUGUGUUUGCUGCAUCACUUGUAGUUCAAAUCUGCAGCAGCUGCAAAAUAAUUGCAAUGGUCAGGGUAAGGCAAGCCUAGGGUGAGCUAAUUCUUGAGGGUAGGCACUCCUUAGAAGGCUAACAAAUGGAUAGGAAUAUGACUGGAGGCUGCAGAGGAGAGGGGCCAGGCACCUCAUGAUAGGGGAGACACUGCAUAGCUAUUCAUGCCAUCCUUACAACAAGGAGGGCUACAUUUUAGAAGGGAUUUGAGAUUUUCAGAAAUUCAAACAUUCUCAGGAUGCACAGUAAAAGCAUUCCAUGCCUGUGCAGAUGCCUCCUAACACACCUUCAAAAUUGUUUGUGGGCCUAAUACUGUGGUUAAAUGGGCCUGUUCUAGAAAACAGCCCCAUUGCCUUUAGCCAAACUCCUCACCUGCACUUUUGUUUAUAUGAAAGAAGACCUUUUGCUUUUCCUGAACGUGAUUUUUAUUAGGCUGAAGAGGCUUCUCUUAAAGAUGCCUAAAAAUGCAACAUUUGAAAAUGGACAAUAGUCUACUUUUUUUCACAAGUCACAAAAAUACUGGAAUGUUAGAUCCCGGUCAACAGAGUGUUUAUCAUCUAUUAGGUGGGAGCAAUGAGCUGUCUGAAUGUCCCACAGACUUGGCAAAAAAAAACUGUGAAUGUUGUGUCCACACGAAGAUUAAACUUAAAAGUGGUUCACUCCAUUUAUUUUUUACAGGUUCUUUUAUCUGUCUUGCAUCAGGACUUCUUAGCAGCUUCCUUUCCUCUCCACAAACUAGGAAAGGGAAUGGUGUUAGGUAGGUGGUGGCUGUAGGUACUGCAGUUGCAACUGAGGCCAAGAGCAUCCCUUGGAUUCAGCCCAGGCAGGUUGUUGGUUGAAUGGUAGCACUAAGAAGGACACUGCAAGCAGUGCAAUGAAUGCAGGGAGCCCUAGAAGAACCAGAUUCCAAAGGAUGUGCAGUAAGAGGCAGCUGGAUGAGACCAGAAACCUGUGUGGAGAGAGGACAUUGUGCUGUUCUUAUUCCUGUGGGAUAAUUUCAUACCACCAACGUCAACAAACCCGUUCCAAGUUAACAAGUUUUGGAGGGGGUGGUGAUAAGGAGACAAAAGCAAAGAGGAGAAACGGUCAUUGGGUAGAGUUGGGAAAGUUGAUGGAAGCAGUUGUGGUUUUCAGAUAAGGCAGCAGAAUCUCCAAAGAACAGCAAGGUGGAGCAGGGUGUGCAACAUUGAACCACCCUGCCACUUUAUAUUGUAGACUGCACCUAUUUUACUGUGGCCACCUGGGAACAGGGUAGUAAAAAGUGUGAAACACUCAUACUGCCAGGAAUAUAAGAACAAUUAUGUGCAGCUUUCUCUCUGCGGGAGACCAUGCAGUGUUUAUGUGAGGGCCACUGGAGGGUGUUCCCCACCUGGACAUGUCUUGUAUUACCAUCACUGGUGGGGGGGACAAAGACUCCAGAACAAGUUGUGAGGAUCCACCCACUAUGACCUCACCCUUGCUUGGACCAUGCAUAACAGGAGCAAAAGGGGAGGAACUCCCCCUGCCAAGGGAAGUUGUGGAGACCAAGCAGCAAACUUCAGCACUGGAUAGGAGGUGUCAAGUACUGCAGCCCAUGUUGGUAUAGUUGCCUUCUUGUGUUGUAAGUUACUGAGAUUCUUGUCAGGAAGUAGGUAGUGCAUUUCAUUUCUCCACGUCUUUUUAGAGACAAGUUCAAAAAGCUAUGUCACUUAGUGAUAGACGUUUGGCAGGCCAUUGGACAACUACCACUAAGCCCCUAAGUCGGAGAUUUCCAAACUGUGUGUAGUGUGUCGGCUGCAAUGUGCAGGUGUGUUGCGUGAACGCUCCCCACACUCCUCCAGGGCUGGAAAGGGGUUAGUUUAACUUCAGGUUUGCUAGUAAAACUGAAUGACUGUGUUGCGAAAUGAUGCAUGACUUUAAAAGUGUGUCACCAACAAGUUUGGAAAGCUCUGCCCUAAGCUGCUGGGGAAGUCUGCCAGUAUCAAAAGCAUCCCUGGAGGAAGUCUGCUACUCCAGAGAAUAGAACAGUGGCUAAGUCACAGUGUUUGAUGGAGCUGGUGUUGAGCAGUUAGUCUAUGGCUUGGAGACCACAGGUCGCAACACCAUCUGCCACUCCAGAGCAUUCCCCCAAAGAGCCCACAGGCAUGAGGCUCUAGUACUUGAUUCCUAAAGACUGGGGUGGCUGAAGUCAAUAAGACAGCCAUCUUCUGGACAAACAAGGCAUAAACAGUGCCUGCCCAGUAGACGUUUACUCCCACCAGAGGAACACUUUCUAAAUACCGUAUUUUUUGCUCUUUAAGACUCCCCUUUUCCCUCCUAAAAAGUAAGGGGAAAUGUGUGUGCGUCUUAUGGAGCGAAUGCAGGCUGCGCAGCUAUCGCUGAAGCCAAAACAGCAAGAGGGAUUGCUGCUUUCACUGCACAGCGAUCCCUCUUGCUGUUCUGGCUUCUGAGAUUCAGAAUAUUUUUUUUUCUUGUUUUCCUCCUCCAAAAACUAGAUGCACCUUGUGGUCUGGUGUGUCAUAUAGAGCGAAAAAUAUGGUAACUUGAUUUUCUGAAUCAAAGGCUAGAAGGGAAGCAAAAAGGAGUGGCCAAGAUGUGCUUGGAAACUGAGUAGAAUAAAUGGAUACUAAGAAGAAUGGGAAAACUUAACGAAAGUUAGAGCAGAUAAAUACCCCACACCACCUGGAUGGAUUCAGACUCUGGUUUAUAAAUUUGUUAAAUAAACAAAUUAGAAGACAGGCUUUUUUUCUACUCCAGCUGUGUGCAGUGAGGAAUCCCAAAGUGACCCUACUGCAGCGCUCAAGAGAGAAAUGAGCAGGAACUUGGAUGUGUGCAUGGAGCUGGAGGGCACAUUAACCUAUCUAGCUUUAGAUGUUACCCAAGUAGGACUGUACAGAUUUAGAGCGUAUAUUGAGACUGUCCAGAGAACAUGAAGAACAGGCAACUACAGUAUAGUUUGCCUUGAAGCGAACCUAACUGCCUGGGAACCCUUAGUCCUAAAUUCAAAUAUGUGGGGCUAAGCAUGGUUACUCAGUAGUGGAGGAAAGGUACCCUACUUGGGUCUGAAAGUGAUCCCCUUUAGUAUUCACAACACUCACAGUGUAUGGGGUCACAGUGUCUUCUGCUGCUGAAUUCUAGCUCUGCGUCGAUCUAGACAGCAGCUGUAAGAAAUCUGCUAAAGGUGUGAGAUAUAUAUAUAUAUAUAUAUAUAUAUGUAUAUAUAUAUAUAUAUGGAAAGGAAGGGAAUCUACUUCAAGGUAAAAUUCUCUAUAAGGCCACAUAACCCAAUAUGGCAGGAAAGUUUUUCCACAGCAUAAAUCUUACAAAGGAGUUCCAACAGCGAGGCACAAAUCACAUUCUUGUCAAAACUGUCUGUGACAACUGCAGUAGUUCCCAGUAGUUCCUGACCUGUGAAGCAGGAUUUCAAACAAGUUUUCAUCUGACUUCUCCCUAACAGUUGGGAUUAGCUCGCCACACACUGGGACUAAGGCUUGUUCCUGAGAGGCUGUUGUAGAAUCUCUGAAGAGCCAAGCACAUUAAAACACCUCAUAUGUCAAAAUACUUCAUUUGGAACAUUUGUUUCCUAUCAUUUGUUGCACCACAGAAGCAUAUGCAUAAGUUUAAUAAUUCAUUUCAUCCUGAACAUGGUGCUUUAAUUUGAUUUCACCACUAUGCAUCUGGUAUUAACAGCAACUAUACACUGGAGAGGAUUACAGUCAGGGAUUUGGGCAGCAAGGCAUAUUCUUUCUAUUUUUCCUUACAAUUAGGGCUAAUCCAGGAACAGGCUUGUGCCUAUAUCCCAGCUUCAGACAGUCCUUGAAACAGUGCAAGAAACCAACUGUUCCUGGAGCAUAUGCUAUAUAAGUCAUUUUCAGUUUCAUAUUACUUUCUAGACUGACCUAUUUGAAAUUGAUUCUUUAAACCUUCUGUGUGGGAGAUUAUGCUCAUGUUUUGCUGAUUAGAAACAUGAUUACAAAGUGUAGUAUGAUACAGUGCCCUCCUAAAAACAAGUUGUUUGUUGCUCAUCCAUUGUACUUAAAGUAGACCACCUCAUCUUGCCUUAUGGUAGGGGCCAACAUGCACACUUACGAUUCUGCUGAGCUGAGCAGUGUGGUUUCUGGAAAGGUAGAAUACACAGCCUUGGGGAAAACAAAAUUGAUUGGUGUGAUGAAGAUGUUUUUUUUAAUGCAAAUUAAACAAAUUAUACCUACAUACUAGCCUUCUUAUUAUUUCUCUCCUGUCUGAGAGUCUGUUACUUUGCAGUGCGUUUGAUACACCAAAUGACUCCUCAUGAAAUUUGAAAGUUUUAAUUCUUCACAAUGCUUUUAAGAAAUAUGUUCCACAAAGCAAUUCAAAAAGGAACAAAAUCCUGCCAGAACAGCAGGUACAAAUGCUGUACCUAGUCUAUGUGCAACCUUCCCCCCCCCAACAAUUUUACACAGCCUUGAACGUGCUUUUCACAAUAUGAAAAGUCAUCAUGCAAUUGCAACACAUCAAAUGCUCUGUAGCUAACUAUGUAGAUGAAAUCAAACUCUUUUUGAGAAUAUUAACGAACAUUCCUAUGGAAAGUUGUCAUGGAAAAGAAAGGCUUCUUUAGCAAACAUAUCACCUGAGGUGCAUUUCCUAUCCUUAUCCCUAAAGCAGACUUCUUAUAAAAUGUAAGUAAUUCUAUUCACAUUCCAGUUAUAUCCAGGAUCACUUCCAGUAUCUUACAAUUUCUUGCUCUUUAUCUUUCAGUAGUGGUGGGGAGCCUGUGGCCCUGUAGUUGUUAGUGGACUUCAGCUCCCAUAAUCUCUUACUGGCUAGGGCUGAUGGGAGUUUGGGGUCCAGCAACUCUAGAGGACCACGAGUUCCUCCCUCCUGCCCUGCAGCAGCUUCCUUGGUUCUUUCAUCCUGCUUCCCCCUUUGACCCUCCAGAUGUUUUGGGACUACAACUCCCAUGAUCCCUAGCUAACAGGACCAGUGGUCAGGGAUGAUGGGAUUUGUAGUCCCAAAACAUCUGGAGGGCCGAGUUUGCCUAUGCCUGUACUACAGCUUAGACCCCAAACCCAAAUGGUGGGUGCAAUCUCUUCCCAUUGGCACUUUUGAAAUAGAUUUAUUUUGAAUCCUUUGGCCAUCUUAUGCCCGUUUCAAAACUGAGUGCUAAUAUUUUUCUAGGACUGUUGUACUUCCUGUUUCGGGGGAGGUCAAUAACCCCCAUGAAGACCAGAAGAGGAAUGACUGCUGGGAGGAGUGCAGAGAGAAAAAACGUCAUGCUGCACCUGUAGAAGCAAAACCAAACGCCUUCAUCUACCUCAACAGCAAUAAAAUACGUCUCUCCCUUCUCAACAACCAUAGCUGGCACUGUAACUCUCCAACAGUUUGACUUUACCCCCGAAGGUACACUUUUCCGUAGUCUCCCGAGACAGACGGAUGCCGGCAAUAAGGGGGAACCUCUCUGUAUAUGUAUAGAAAAAUAACAUUUCUAAUGGAAAGCACUGAACACUUUUCACUGGCAUGUUAGCAUUCCAUGUGCAGGUGUUUUGUUUUUUUUAAAUAUACAAUUCCUCCUCCACAUAUCACACACACCUGCUGCCUAAAGCAGGACAGUCUGGAGCAAGUAUUAUUAUUUAUUAUUGACUUAUUUAAGGUAUAAACUGGCCAUUUUUUCCUUUUUAAAGAGGUGCCUUCACCGCAGAAAAAUGAAGAUAAGUUGACAUCACCAAGAAUGUACACCAAUGCUUUUCAGAGGUUCCACAAAAAUAUGGGAGAAAGGAGUGAUUGCUUCUGCCUAGUUGUUGGUAUCCAUCUGUCUCGAGAGACAAUGGAGUGUGCCUUCAGGGGUGAAGUCAAGCCACUGCAUUAGCAGCAACAAAGUGACCUCCGUGGGGCACAAGCCUGGGCUGUGCAUAGAGGCCCUGGGCUACUCAAACAACAAGACCCUCCUCUCAGACUCGCUGAUGUAGUCCAAAGGAAAGCAGCGCAAUAUAUUUGGCACCAGCUUGACUGCAGGAGCUGCCAGAAGGAGGCAUACAAAGUGCUGUCCAACCAUCUUUGGAACCAAAAGGUUGGUAAUCCACAAGGCAGUGUAGCUGACACCUAUCUCUUUCAUUGGAGGAGUAUGGUUUCUUGGCAUACGUGUACAUUCAGCUGCCUCAUUCCAAGGAUGGAACAACCCAAUGACGGAGGCUGUUCCCACAAAAUGAAGGGAAAAUAGAAGGGUAUUGACUUCCGGGUUAGCGCCAUCGGCAAUGGCGGAGUUCCUCUGGCCGAGAGGAACCCGCUCCGUGAAAAUCAGGUCUUGCCGCCGCGGCGAAGGCGGAGACCCUUUAAAAAUCCCAGGCGGAGGAAGCCUGGGAACGUGGGAUUCGGCUGACACCAGGAGUGCCUCCCCUACUCGCAGGGAAACCCUUUUUCGGGGAUCCAAAGCGACGCGGGGUGAGUGGCGCGGUGUUUUGAAUCAACCGCUACUUUUACG